AAUGCAAUUACCGAAGUGAAGUGAAGUUAGACGUAUAUCAAUAGAUUGACAAAAUUACGCAAAGAAAAACAUGAUUGACAGAAACCGAUAACCGUCCAAGGUCCAUAGAAUUUUUUUUCAUCGUAUAAGUUUUGACUUUGUUGAUCUUAAUAAUAUAAAUUAUAAAUUAUUCGUUGAAAUAACAAUGCUUCGAUUGUAAAGUGGAAAAGCUUCCCGAAAAUUCCAUCGUCUUCUUGGUUAUUCUUCCGCUCGAAUUGUGCUAAACUGCAAAACGUUCAAUUUUGUCAAAUAUAAGUGCUUGAAAAAAAAAGAUUUACAAGCGCUUGGAAAAAGAACUGUAUAUUUGUUAAAUUUUAGUUAAAUAUUUUCAGCCUUAAACAUUGUUUUGUAUACGUAUCGUGUUGUUUUUUUUUGUUUUUAUUUUUUACGCAGUAAAAAUCGAUCGAUCGUCUGUUGUUGGUUAUAACUUGAUUCUACGCGCCACUUGAUUCUAAUCAACGAUCUUUGCUUUUCCUUUUUUGUUUUUAUAUAUAUCGAAAUUUGAAACGUUUAUUGCCAACAAAAUUAUAUUUAAGGCAGACGAUGUGACUUUUGUAAAUCAGUGAAUACGUGACUCGAGUGAGCCCGCUGUGUUUGUGUUCUUUCCUAAUAUAGUUGAAUAUUUAUUUCUACUUAUUUCUUUAAUAUUUUUCUAAUAUUAAAGAAAAUAUAUAUUUGAAGUGUCUUCUUGUUGACUAAGUGGCUCUUUAAAUCUUCAAAUUCGAAAUUUCAGAUUUAAAAUUUUAAUAACUUUUAUUCUAAAAUAUAACAGUGUUAUUGUUUGGUAUGGUAAUUCAAGAACUAAAAUUAUUGAUAGUGCUUGUUAGUUUACAAUUUCAUCGCUUCUAAGAAUAUCUCUAAGUAUAUAGAUUUGUUAUAACAAAUUUUGUGCCACGCAUCAAUCAAAGCAUUAAACAUGGAAUUCCCUUUAUGGAAUAAGUUUUUUAUUUUUGCUGAUAUUAUAAUGAGAGUACCACCUUUGUUCAUCAUCGAUGGAUUACUUCGAAUUCGUCUUGGAUUACCAGAUGAAACUGUUGUACUAAAUAGUACAGACAAUGACUUCAAAAUUGACAGUGUAUUAAAUACUUUCGCUGAAUCUUUUCCCUUGGUUGGUCCAGAAUCUUUUUUAUUUGAAUACUUUAACUUCGAACAAGAUGGUUACCAAAUGUUUAUUGUGAUAAUGUUGAAAUUUAUAAUAUGCUGUAUAGGAUGUAUAGCGGCUUUGUGCACAUUUAUGUUAUGGACGAAACAUCUUAUAAUUGUGUACUUAUAUAUGAUAUCUAUAGGAGUAAUAUUUAUAUCCUAUUGGUCUAAUGUUAGUACUAUCAAAGCUGUUAUAGCAUAUGUGAGCAAGCCUGAUUAUACAACCAGUAUAUUGGAUGAUAUAUUACAUUUGAAUCUGACUUCUAUUAUCAAGGAAGGAACAGGAUCUCUGCUUUUUCAAAACUAUAUAUUACAGUGUUUGUUGGCUACCAUUUUUUGUUAUAUACACUUUGCUCCAAGAUAUUUAAUUCUUCAGAAAUUGCUGGUAAUGAGUUUUAUGACACCAUCACUUCUGGCUAUCCAUCCAUUACCUACGUCGAUUCUUUAUAAUGCGCCAGUUUUUGCAACACUGCUUCCAUUAGCUGUUUGUAAAUUUAUUAUUUGGUAUAAUAGUGUUUUAAUUCUGAAAACUAUUUAUAUGGGAUAUGCUCACGCACGCAAUUUUAUAAGUAAUUAUGGUCUAUCUGCUCUUGUAGAGACAGAAUGGUUUCGUCUAAACGUACCAUGCGUAUUACGUACGUUUUGGUUGUUGAGAAUAGGAGAACAAGUUAUACAAAUUUUAGGGAAUCAUUAUGGAGAUGAAAAUUUCUCAUAUUAUGAUAUGCUCAGAACUUUAUUGGUAAAUGGAUGUGAGACUUUGACUGCAGUGUUAGGGAUGACUAGUAUAAUUUCACUUAUUUGCCAUUAUAUUGGUUGUUUCUUCCAAUGGGUAUUAUUGACUGAAGAUGGAGAUGAAAAAAGCAUCGGCACGAUAUCCGCUAUAUUAUUCUACAUAUUAGCACUUCAAACUGGAUUGACAAGCUUAGAUAGAGAAAAUCGAUUAGUCAAAUUAUGUAGAAAUUUUUGCUUACUAUUUACUGCAGUAUUACAUUUUGUACAUAACAUUGUAAAUCCACUCUUAAUGUCUCUUAGUGCCUCACAUAAUCCAGCACUGCAUAGGCAUCUGCGUGCUCUUGCAGUUUGCGCCUUCCUUAUAUUCUUUCCAGUUUCUCUAUUGGUAUUUCUUUGGUCACAAUUUAGUGUGAGCACAUGGUUAUUAGCUGUGUCUGUUUUCAGUGUUGAGGUAAUAGUCAAGGUAAUGGUAUCUUUGGCUAUAUAUAUCUUAUUUCUCAUUGAUGCAUAUCGCACUGCAUUUUGGGAAGAGCUAGAUGAUUGCGUAUAUAUUAUAAGAUCUUUUGGCAAUAUCAUAGAAUUUGCCUUUGGUGUUAUAUUACUCUUCAAUGGUUUCUGGAUAUUAAUCUUUGAAGCUGGCGGUACUAUUCGUGCUAUUAUGAUAUGCAUUCAUGCAUACUUCAAUAUUUGGUGUGAAGUCAAAGCUGGAUGGCUAGUUUUUAUGAAGAGACGAACUGCAGUCAACAAAAUUAAUUCUUUAGCCGAAGCGAAGUUUGAACAGCUACGAUCUCUCAAUGACGUAUGUGCCAUAUGUUAUCAAGAAAUGCAGGCUGCAAAGAUAACACGCUGCAAUCAUUACUUCCACGGUGUAUGCCUACGAAAAUGGCUCUACGUACAAGAUCGAUGUCCACUUUGUCACGAUGUCGUUUAUAAACCUCAAAAUAAGGAGGAAUGUUCUACGGAUUCGCUGUCACCAGAAUAAGAGAAAAACAAAUAAAUAAAUAAAAGGACGGGGAUAACGAAGUCUUCCAAAAAGGAGAUCAGAAUGAGUUGGAGCAAUUUUAAGAAAGACCCGUCAUUGGAAGAGAUAAUAGACAAAACUCUUCAAUGGGGAUAAUUACUAUGACACAGCUUCAUUGUGAUAUUCUUUAUACUAAUAAAUAUUGCGAACUUAAGGAGGCUUAAAUUGUGCGACAUCGAUCUGUAAAAUAUCAUUUGAUUAUUUUCUUUCUUAUAAUAUAUUACGUUAAUACGGUGUAGAAAAAAUAUGAGGCUCGAUAAUAGGAUUUAAUCCAUUCUUCCUUAAAUUUACUUUACGCUAUUGUAUGCGUUCGUUAUCAAACAAUAUAAUUAAAGAAACUUAACAAGUGGUGUAAUUGAUUACAACAUAUUAAUAAUGUAAUUAUCUACGAAUUAGAUUUAUAUUAAUCUC